CAUUUUUUUUUUUCAGAGCUCCUCCAAUAACUUAACAGAUAGCUAGAAAGAGCAAAAAAAAAUCAGAAAAAUGGGGGAUCUGUACGCUUUGGACUUCGACGGAGUUCUAUGUGAUAGCUGUGGAGAAAGCUCUUUGUCUGCUGUUAAGGCUGCCAAAGUGAGAUGGCCCAGUUUGUUCAACGGUGUGGAUUCUGCUUUGGAGAAGUGGAUUGUUGACCAAAUGUUCAUUGUUCGGCCUGUUGUCGAAACUGGAUAUGAAAAUUUGUUGCUUGUAAGGUUGCUUCUGGAGAUGAGAAUGCCUUCCAUUCGAAAGUCCUCGGUUGCAGAAGGAUUAACUGUAGAUGGGAUACUCGAAAACUGGUCAAAGAUAAAACCUGUCAUUAUGGAAGCAUGGGGAGAGGAUAGGGAUGCUCUAGUUGACCUCUUUGGCAAGGUUAGGGAUGAAUGGAUGGGUAACGACUUGACAACAUGGAUCGGAGCCAACAGAUUCUACCCAGAUGUUCCUGAUGCUUUAAAAUUUGCCAGCUCAAGCAUAUAUAUUGUCACCACAAAACAGAGCCGGUUCGCCGAUGCUUUAUUGCGAGAGCUUGGUGGAGUGACAAUUCCACCAGAAAGAAUAUAUGGUCUGGGAACUGGACCCAAGGUGAAAGUGCUGAAACAACUUCAAGAGAAACCAGAAAACCAGGGGCUGACUCUGCAUUUUGUUGAAGAUCGACUUGCAACUCUAAAGAAUGUCAUUAAAGAACCUGAAUUGGAUGGAUGGAACUUGUACUUGGGGGAUUGGGGUUACAACACUCAGAAAGAGAGAGAAGAAGCUGCUAGCAUUCCCAGGAUUCGCAUUCUUCAGCUCUCUGACUUUAGCAAGAAGCUAAAAUAGAGAGUUCAUUCGCUUUAUAUGUAAGAGUAGCCAAUUCAUUAAUACAUACAAGUGGCUCUUUUUUCAUAUGUACAUCUACUGAAAGUUGGGUAACACAUAUUUAACCCAUAAAUUUCUUUUAAAAUAGAAUGCAUCUCAGUUAUACUGUAA